AUGGUGCGAGAACUGUUACCAACUGACCGUUUGAAAAUGGAGAUAGAGCAACUUAAGAAAGAAUCCUUAGAGAGGAUGCUGGUAUCCAAGUGUGCGGAGGAACUGAAGGAUUACAUUGAAUCACAGUCUGCAGAAGAUCCUUUGGUAAAGGGAAUCCCUGAGGACAAGAACCCCUUCAAGGAGAAGGGAGGCUGUGUGAUCUCAUAAAUCAGUCAGGACUCAAAUAUCUGGUCCACAGCCUAAUGACCAUUAGUUCAAUGAACCUGAUAGAUGCUGAAACUGGAGGAUGGAACAAUAGGUUCACUAUCUCAGUUGGCAUGGUAUCUUUACACAGAUGUUGAAUUGAAAAAAAAAUUUACAAAAUGGAUCGGGCACUUGAAGGGGCCAGAAUAUUGGCGGGGAGGGAAGAGGAUUGGUGGAACUACAAGUAUUAAGGGGAUGGGAAGGAUUGUGGGAAAGGGAAGGAUCUUGGGCUAAUGGGAUGAGAGGAUAGUAGAGAAGGAAUAAGAUGGAAAUAUGAAAGAUUGCAGGCUGAGAAAAUCAUGGGUGGGAGCAGCAUCAUGGGAGAGGAUCGGGGGGGUGGGGGAAGAAUAUUAUGUUGAUUGGCUGGGAUCCCAUUAUGGAAAGGACAUAGUGGAGUGUAAUUUUGGCCAGGUGUCAAUUGUUGGGGGUAGAUGCGUGGUUUGAUCAUAAAAAUCAAUAACUGGGUCUGAAAAUAUCAGCCGUGGGAGUGGGGGGUGAAAUGAACACGAACAAAGAAAAACUUAAAAGGAGGCAUCUAACUGGAGGGCAGCCUUGUAAGCACCCUUGUUGAGCUGGCCACCCUUUUUUGUUGCCGAAGCAGGCCUCAGCCUCUUCCCAUACCUGGUGACUUAUCCACCUUAAGUGCAGUCAGCUUUUCCCAUACCACUCCAUUAUCGAUUUUUAGUAGCCAAUCCAAUAUUUCAUACAGUUCCACCUUUACCGUGAUUUCAGCAGCAUCUUCUCUGGAGGACAAAGUAAUUAUUUAGUAUUUUUAUUUGUAUUUCUGAAUUUUCUAUCCUUCCAUUUUACCCUAUUUAUAUGCCUUUUGAGAACUUCUGAGGAUAUUUUGUCUUUGCCUUUAUUUCAUUUUCAUUUCCUCUUUAUUUUUCUAUAUUUGGCCUAUUUUCACUACACUGUAAAUAUCCUACCAAUUUAUAUACCAUUUCCACUAGUUGAUGGCUCAGAAGUGAAAUGACAUUUCUAUUAUUCUUAACUCUAAUCAGUUAAUUUCUGUUCUUGAUCAUUUAAGUAUGUCCUCCUUCGGUUUUUCAAUAUUCCCCGCAAUCAAUAUUGCCACUUCACCUCCUUUCCAUUCUGGAUCCAUCUUUUCUGAACUCCUUAUGUGUAGAAAUGUUUAUUACCCAAUCCUAUCCUGUUGUGCCACAACAUCAUAAAGCCAUGUGGCUAUUUGCAGCUGCAUUUUACUAACCUCAUUUACCAUGCUUCAUGUAUUUACAUGCAUGUAUCAUAUCUCUCUCCGAUCUUUGUGUAUUCUCUUUUAUCUGAUCCCGUGCAAUUUUGUACUUAUUCUUACUCCAGUGGUAUCUGUCACAGCCUACUUGGUAGCCCCAACUGAAGACAUUCUGCCUUUGAGGUGAUCCAUGUAUCACAGGCAAUCUUACACAAACAAAACUGAGACCAGUGUCUUUGCUGUAGGAGCAAUUGUUGCUUAGAAAGGGUUGAAACUAAUGGAUAGGGUGAAAACAAAAUGAAUAAAAUGGCAAAUUGGAAAGGAAAACAAAAGAGACAAUGGCAGAAGAAUGGUACAAAAGGAAAACAAAUGUUGUGAAAAAGAAUAUGAAAAGGAGAAACGACUAAAACAAGUAAAAUUGCUGACAGAGUCUGGUUUGACAUAUCUAUAUAUAAUCUUAUAAGGAUUUUGUUACAAAAGGAUAGAGACUUUUUUGGCAUGGAAGAUAAAAUAUAAAAACUAACAACAGAGAUGAAAGCAAAUACUGCAGAUCCUAGAAAUACGAAGUAAAAGCAGACAAUAUUGGACAUUAACCAAUGGGUUAUAUAUGAUCUGCAAAAGAGAGUUUGACAUCAGGUCAGUAACCUUUCAAAAAAUGGGAAAAAUUGAAGAUAUGGCAAAUGAAAAUUCAUUUGCUGAGAUAAGCAGAUAUUUUUUCAUGAUGAGCAUCCCUGAAAGAGAUAUGGUGGAGAAUUACAUAGUAACAUUUAAUGGCUGCCGGUAACUAGUGGUGCUCCUCAGGGGUUGGUGUUGGGUCCACUACUUUUCACGUUAUAUGUUAAUGAUCUGGAUGAUGGAAUUGAUGGCUUUGUGGUCAAGUUUGCAGAUGAUACAAAGAUAGGUGGAGGGGCAGGUAGUGUUGAAGCAGGGAGUCUGCAGAAGGACUUGGACAGGUUGGGAGAAUGGGCAAAGAAGUGGCAGAUAGAAUACAGCGGAGGGAAGUUUACGGUCAUGCACUUUGGUAGAAGGAAUAAAGGUGUAGACUAUCCUCUAAAUGGGGAGCAAAUUCAGAAAUCGGAGGUGCAAAGGGGCUUGGGAGUCCUAGUGCAGGAUUCCCUAAAGGUUAACUUGUGGGUUGAGUCGGUAGUCAGGAAGGCAAAUGCAACAUUAGCAUUCAUUUCAAGAGGACUAGAAUAUAAAAGCAAGGAUGUAAUGCUGAGGCUUUAUAAGGCAUUGGUCAGACCACAUUUGGAGUAUUGUGAGCAGUUUAUGGCCCCAUAUCUGAGGAAGGAUGCGCUGGCGUUGGAGAGGGUCCAGAGGACGUUUACGCGAAUGAUCCCAGGAAUGAAAGGGUUAAUGUAUGAGGAAUGUUUGAUGGCUCUGGGCCUGUACUCGCUGGAGUUUAGAAGGAUGAGGGGGAUCUCAUUGAAAUCUACAGAAUAUUGAAAGGUCUGGAUAGAGUGGACGUGAAGAGGAUGUUUCCAGUAGUGGGAGAGUCUAGGACCAGAGGGCACAGCGUCAGAAUAGAAGGACGUCCCUUUAAAACAGAAGUGAGAAGGAAUUUCUUUAGCUAGAGUAGGUGAAUCUGUGGAAUUCAUUGCCACAGACAGCUGUGGAGGCCAAGUCAUUGGGUAUAUUUAAAGCGGAGGUUGAUAGGUUCUUGAUUAGUAAGGUUGUCAAAGGUUAUGAGAAGAAGGCAGGAGAAUGGGGUUGAAAGGGAAUAAAAUUAGCCAUGAUCGAAUGGCGGAGCAGACAAUGGGCCGAAUGGCCUAAUUUUGCUCCUAUGUCCUAUGAUCUUAAUAUAAAACCAAAGUAAUGUUGGCAAACCACUUAUGCUCUUAAUAGACCUGCUGGGCUGAAUACUGAUUUCAAUAAAUUCAGACAGUAAUUCCACAAUUCCCAUUGCUUAGUCACUUGUUCCAAUACAAUCCCUUUUCCCUUGCACCAGCUUCACCUUUUAUAUUUAAUUUUUCUUGCUUUCUGCAAGUAAUAAGUAGUGUGCUACAGGAAUCAGUGUUAGGGCCCCAAACUUGUACAGUUUUUAGAAAUAACUUGGCUAAAGGCACCGAAAGUAUGGUUGCUAAAUUUGCUGUUGACACAAAGAUAGGUAAGAAAGCGAGAUUUGAAGAGGACCUAUGGAGGCUACACAGAGAUGUAGAUGGGUUAAGUGAGUGGCAAUGAUCUGGCAAAUGAAGCAUGAUAUAGGAAAAUGUAAAAUUGUCCAGUUUUGGCAGAAAAAAUAAAGAAGUGUUUUAUCUAAAUGGUAAGGAAAUCCAAAGGCAUGUGGGUUUCCUGGGGCAUGAUUUGCAUGAGACAAGUAACUGCAAGUAAUUAAGAAAGCUAGCAUAAUGUUAUACUUUAUGGGAAGAGGAAUUGAAUUCAACAGUGGGGAGGUUGUGCUUCAGUUAUGUAGAGUAUUGGUGAGACCACAUAUGGAGCACUAUGUACUACAUUGGUCUUCUUAUGGAAGUAAGCUACUGUGUUGGAAGCAGUUCAGAGAAACUUUACUAGACUAACACAUAUGGACUGGUAGGCUGUCUUAUGAGGAAAGGAUAAACAGGCUAGAGUUGUAUCCACUGGAAUUUAGAAGACUGAGAAGGGACUAGAUUGGAAUGUAAGAUCCUGAGGCAUGUUGAUAGGGUGGAUGUGGAGAGGAUGUUUGUUUUUGUGGGAGAAUUCAGAACUAGGGGACACUGUUUAAAAAUAAGAGGAUGCAGAUUUAAGACAGACUUGAGGUGAAUUAUUUUUCUCUCAGAGUCUAGUGAAUAUUUGGAAUUCUCUUUCUCAAAAAGCAGUGGAAGCAGAAUCUGAGUAUUUUAAAAUUAAAAAUAAAUAGGCACUCGAUAAGCAAAAGGAUGAAAGGUUGCCAGGGUAAAUGGGAAUACAGAGUUGAGGUGACAGUCAGAUCAGCCAAGAUUAUAUUGAAUGAUGGAGCAGACUUGAGGAUCCAAGUGUCCUACUCCUGCCCUGUAUUUUCAUCUUUAUUUGUUCAGGUGAGACUAUAUUUGGAAUAUUGUGUACAGAUCUAGUGCCCCAAAUGAGGAAGGAUACACUUGCAGUGACAGUGCAUCAUAUUAACUCCUGGGAUGACAUAUUGUACAGUGUGGAAAAAGUUAAGCAAGUGGGGCGUAGAGUUUGGAAGAAUGAGAGUGGUUUCAUUGAAAUGCAUAAAUUUCUUAGGAGCUUGACAGGGUAGAUGCAAGGAUAUUUCCCCUGGCCCGAGUGUCUAAAAUCAGGGUCAUAUACCCAAAAUAAAGGGUUGGCCAGUCAGAGGUGAAUGUGAAUUGACUGGGAUUAUUAGAAUUCUGUACACAAGGCUGUGGAGGCUCAGGUGUUGAAUAUUUUCAAGGCAGAGAUGGAUAGAUUUUGGGAUG